AACUUCCUUGUUUUAAGACAUAACAUAUCAACAAGAAGAAGAAAAAGAAGAAGAGCAUCUCCUCUCUUCAAUCCAUGGCUGCUGCUCCUGGUUUCUACCUCCUCAUCCUCCUCUUCUGUUUUUCAAUCUCCCCUUCUUUGCAGCACGUGAGCGAGUCCGAACCGCUUGUGCGCUUCAAGAGCUCGGUGAAUAUAACCAAAGGGGACCUAAAUUCAUGGAGAUUAGGAACAGAUCCUUGUAGUGGGAAAUGGUUCGGGAUCUAUUGCCAAAAGGGUCUAACAGUCUCAGGCAUUCACGUCACACAGCUUGGUCUCUCAGGAACCAUCACGGUCGAUGAUUUAAAGGAUCUCCCAAAUCUAAAGACGAUCAGGCUUGACAACAACCUCCUCUCUGGUCCUCUCCCGCAUUUCUUCAAACUCCGCGGCCUAAAGUCUCUCAUGCUCUCUAACAACAGCUUCUCCGGCGAGAUCCGUGACGAUUUUUUCAAGGACAUGUCAAAGCUCAAGCGACUAUUUCUUGAUAAUAACAAAUUCCAGGGAAAUAUCCCUUCCUCCAUUACACAGCUCCCUCAACUCGAGGAGCUUCACCUUCAAGUUAAUAACUUCACCGGAGAUAUACCUCCAGAGAUCGGCAACAUUAAGAACCUUAAAGUCCUUGACCUCUCAUCCAACCAACUCGAAGGAACCGUCCCGGAAAGCAUCGCCGAUAGGAAAAAUCUCGUUGCGAAUUUGACAGAAAACGAAUACUUGUGCGGGGCGUUGGUGGACGUUGAAUGUGAGAAUGUUAACCUAACCGAAGGGGAAGGACAAACCCCGAAAGCACCAUCCUCGGUACCACAAACCUCGAACACGGCCGCGGUACACGCAAUCUUGGUGUCGAUCUCGCUUCUUCUCAUGUUCUUUAUUAUUGUGGGAAUUAUAAAGAAGCGAAAUAAGAAGAAGAACCCUGACUUUCGAAUGCUCGACAACCAACGCGACAACGAUGCUGUGGAAGUCAGGAUACCCGAAUCUUCAUCCACGACCGCGAAAAGAUCUACAGAUUCAAGCAGGAAGCGCGGUGGGCACGCGGAUGGCGGUUCCACCAAGAAAGGCUUGUCGAACAAUAUUGGUAAAGGUGGUAACGGAGGAGGAGCUCUAGGUGGCGGGAUGGGUGACAUUAUAAUGGUGAAUACGGAAAAGGGUUCCUUUGGUUUACCCGAUCUGAUGAAGGCUGCAGCCGAGGUGCUUGGCAACGGUAGCCUUGGAUCAGCUUACAAGGCUGUGAUGACCACUGGAUUAUCCGUUGUGGUGAAGAGGAUUAGGGAUAUGAAUCAACUUGCACGUGAACCUUUCGAUGUCGAGAUGAGACGAUUCGGGAAACUCCGCCACCCUAACAUUCUUACCCCUUUAGCCUAUCACUACCGCCGCGAAGAGAAGCUUGUAGUCUCCGAAUACAUGCCUAAAAGCAGCUUGCUUUACGUUUUACAUGGUGAUCGUGGGAUAUAUCAUUCCGAGCUAACUUGGGCAACAAGAUUGAAGAUCAUCCAAGGAGUGGCUCACGGAAUGAAGUUCUUGCACGAGGAGUUUGCGUCCUACGAUCUCCCACACGGUAACCUCAAAUCCAGCAACGUUCUCCUCAGCGAGACCUAUGAGCCUUUGAUCAGCGAUUACGCGUUCUUACCUCUUCUCCAACCAAGCAACGCAUCGCAAGCAUUGUUUGCUUUCAAGGCUCCCGAGUUCGCGCAGACACAACAGGUCUCGCAUAAAUCAGACGUCUACUGCCUCGGAAUUAUAAUUCUAGAGAUCUUGACGGGGAAAUUCCCUUCUCAAUACUUAAACCAUGGUAAAGGCGGGACUGAUAUAGUUCAAUGGGUACAAUCUUCGGUUGCGGAGCAAAAAGAAGAAGAACUUAUCGAUCCGGAGAUAGUAAACAAUACUGAAUCAAUGCGACAGAUGGUGGAAUUGUUGCGGGUUGGGGCUGCUUGUAUCGCAAGUAAUCCAGAUGAGAGAUUAGACAUGAGGGAAACUGUUAGAAGGAUAGAACAAGUAAAAACUUGAUGAGAUGUUUAGAACGCAUGCAAUCACGAUUGGAACAAUCAAACUCUAAAGAGAAA